GCGGACGUGUUUUUCUCUUCUUUCAGUCGAAUCUCGUAGGUUAGAAAAUUUAGCGCAAAGAGGUUAAGGUUUAAUUCAUAUAACAUUUGUCGGUUUAUAGGUAGAGUACGAAAUUUUUUUCCAUAGAGAACUUUUAGAAAAUGUCUGCAAAAGCAAUUCGUGAAGCAACUGGGAAGAAUCUUAUUAAUCGCAAGCUUCAUUGUGGCACAAAUACAGUAAAAUGUCGAUUUGUAACCAUCACAGAAGAGACAAAUUGGACAGAUGCUGUAAAUGAACAUCCAUGGCUUGAAGCAGAAAAAUUGGUUGUAAAGCCUGAUCAGCUAAUUAAACGGCGAGGAAAACUUGGUCUAAUUAAAGUAAAUGCAGAUUUAGCUACAGUGAAACAAUGGGUUGCAGAAAGAAUGAAUAAAGAUCAGCAAGUGGGGAAAACAACUGGAAAACUGAGAACAUUUAUUAUUGAACCAUUUGUUCCCCACAAACAGGAAGAGGAAGCUUAUGUAUGUAUCUAUUCACAUCGGAAAGCUGAUACUAUUUUAUUUCAUCAUGAAGGUGGUGUUGAUAUUGGAGAUGUUGAUGCAAAAGCCUUAAAACUAGAGGUGGCUGUUGGGGAAGAGCCACCAGACCGAUCUACCAUAAUUGAGAAACUAUUAAUAAAUGUGGCAGAUUCUAGAAAAGAAAUGAUUGGCAAAUUUAUUGAAUCACUGUAUAGGUUUUAUGUUAACCUAUAUUUCACUUAUCUAGAGAUAAAUCCACUGGUAGUAACAAAAAGUGGAAUUUAUAUACUUGAUCUUGCCGCGAAAUUGGAUACAACUGCGGACUUCAUAUGCAGACCUGACUGGGGAGAAAUUGAUUAUCCACCACCAUUUGGAAGGGAUGCCUACCCAGAGGAGGCCUAUAUCGCCGACUUAGACGCUAAGUCUGGAGCUAGCUUGAAAUUGACUCUUCUUAAUCCAGCCGGUCGGAUAUGGACAAUGGUUGCUGGCGGUGGUGCAUCUGUAAUAUAUUCGGACACGAUCUGCGAUUUAGGCGUCGCAAAUGAACUAGCUAACUAUGGCGAAUAUUCGGGCGCGCCGAGUGAACAGCAGACUUACGAGUAUGCAAAAACUAUUUUGAGUUUAAUGACAAAAGAAAAGCGAAAAGAGGGAAAAGUAUUAAUCAUCGGCGGUGGUAUUGCUAACUUUACAAAUGUGGCUGCAACAUUCAAGGGCAUUGUAAAAGCACUGCAAGAAUAUCAGCCUAAACUUGUAGAACAUAAUGUACAAAUAUUCGUGAGAAGAGCAGGUCCUAAUUAUCAAGAGGGUUUAAGUACUCAACUAACGAUGAUUUGUUACGUGUUUGGUCCAGAAACUCACAUGACAGCUAUAUGUGCAAUGGCUUUGGGUAAAAAGCCAAUUCCAGACCCUGAAGCUCAGGAAUUUUCUACCGCGAAUUUUUUACUACCUUCUGGACAAGACGUGGGUCCAUCGGCUCCUCCAAAAAGUACUUCUUCCUCACCGACAAAACAAUCCAAUUUAAAAACAAGUGACUCUGUUGAUGGUUCAGCGCACAAACAACUCUUUAGCAAUAAAACUAGGGCCAUUAUUUGGGGAAUGCAAACGAGAGCCGUCCAGAGUAUGUUGGACUUUGACUUCGUUUGUCGCAGAUCUGAACCAUCUGUAGCUGCUAUUGUAUAUCCUUUCACGGGUGAUCACAAACAGAAGUUCUACUGGGGUCAUAAAGAGGUACUCAUUCCUGUCUAUAAACAAAUGAAAGACGCCAUGACGAAACAUACUGAUGCAGAUGUUAUGGUCACAUUUGCGUCUUUAAGGUCUGCGUAUGAAAGCACAGUUGAAACAUUGCAAUUCCCUCAAAUCCGUACAAUUGCUAUUAUCGCCGAGGGAAUACCUGAAAAUAUGACAAGAAAAUUAAUUUUAAUGGCACAACAAAAAGGCGUUACAAUUAUCGGCCCUGCUACCGUUGGAGGUGUUAAACCAGGUUGCUUUAAGAUCGGUAAUACCGGUGGUAUGAUGGACAAUAUUCUUCAUAGCAAGCUUUACAGGCCUGGCAGUGUUGCGUAUGUUUCUCGCUCUGGAGGUAUGUCCAACGAAUUAAACAAUAUAAUUUCCAAAGCUUCCAACGGAGUCUUGGAAGGUGUUGCGAUUGGUGGAGAUCGUUAUCCAGGAACGACAUUUAUGGAUCACAUAAUGCGUUAUCAAGAAAAUCCCAAAGUGAAGCUCAUAGUUCUUCUUGGCGAAGUUGGUGGUGUGGAAGAGUACGAAGUUUGUGAAGCACUGAAAGUAAAGAAAAUUACGAAGCCACUGAUCGCUUGGUGUAUCGGUACUUGUGCCAGCAUGUUCAACUCUGAAGUACAAUUCGGCCAUGCUGGAUCUAUUGCUCAUAGCAAUUUAGAAACAGCUUCAGCCAAGAACGCUGCACUGAAAGAGGCUGGUGCUUAUGUUCCGGAAAGUUUCGAUAAUCUGGGUGACUUAAUGCAGACUGUUUACGAAAACCUUGUAAAAGAAGGGACAAUAGUUCCUGAACCUGAAGUUCCACCUCCAACCGUUCCUAUGGAUUACAAUUGGGCUAGGGAACUUGGUUUGAUCCGGAAACCAGCAUCGUUCAUGACGUCGAUAUGCGAUGAACGUGGUCAGGAAUUGUUGUAUGCUGGAAUGCCUGUAACUGAAGUUCUGAAACAGAAUGUAGGAAUCGGUGGCGUAGUUUCAUUAUUAUGGUUCCAAAGAUGUUUGCCACCGAUGUAUUGUAAAUUCCUUGAAAUGUCUUUAAUGUUGACAGCUGAUCAUGGACCUGCUGUUUCAGGAGCACAUAAUACUAUUGUUUGUGCAAGAGCUGGUAAAGAUUUAGUUAGCUCUCUUGUAUCUGGCCUUUUGACUAUUGGUGAUCGUUUCGGUGGAGCAUUAGAUGGUGCUGCUCAUAUGUUCUCUGAAGCAUAUGACGCUGGAUUGCAUCCACAAGAGUUUGUAAAUAAUACCCGCAAAAAGGGCAAACUCAUUAUGGGUAUUGGUCAUCGUAUAAAGUCUAUAAAUAACCCAGACAUGCGAGUGAAACUUAUCAAAGAAUAUGUCAUGGAGAACUUCCCUGCUAAGCCUUUGGUAGAAUACGCGUUAGAAGUUGAGAAAAUAACCACAAGUAAAAAACCUAAUUUAAUUUUGAACGUGGAUGGUAUAAUUGCCUGUGCCUUCGUUGAUAUGUUGAGGAACAGUGGAAGCUUCACAAGAGAAGAAGCACAGGAAUACAUUGAAAUUGGUGCUAUAAACAGUUUGUUUGUUCUGGGUAGGAGUAUAGGUUUUAUUGGUCAUUAUAUGGAUCAAAAGAGGUUGAAGCAAGGUCUAUAUCGGCAUCCAUGGGAUGAUAUUUCUUAUGUAUUGCCAGAGCAAUAUAAUUGAAUUCAUCUUCCAUUUACAUCGUUUGUCGUGAACGCAUAAUAAAUGUUACGACUUCAUUUAAAAAGUUUAGAUAGUUUUGAUGGUCAUGUCAUAUGUGCUUUGCUCAUAGUUAUG